UGUGUGUGUGUGUGAACAUAUGUGGCCUGUGUGUAACUGUGUCUGUGUGUUUGAGCAUACUGGAUCAUUUUCUCUGGCUUGAGAGGUGAACAGGAAGAGCAGAGGAGGGUUUUUCUCCCCUCUCAGGAUACGUAGGAGUGGUGGAUACGGAGGAAGUGUCACAGAGCUCUUGCUGAUUGCUGCUGGAACUUUCUGGAGGGAGAGGGAGAUUGAACCUGGACUCUGAGAGAAGCAGAGGGAGAGAAGGCAGCUUUGUAUCACCUCAGCGACAAUUCACAUGCUUGGACGGAAGUCUGGAGCUUGUUCUUUUUGCUGGUGGUCAGGAUCCCUCAGAUCACCACAAAAGUGGAUUUUAUUUUUCCUGGCCGAAACAGUCGUGACUGCUCUGUCUGUUUGUGUUUCUGUGAAACUGACCCUGCCACGUUAUUGAGUGGGAGCUCCAAACAUGUUAUUGUUCUCAAACAAAUGAGGGGCUGGAAUGGCACACGGCAGACACACGGUGUACUCCUGUCAGGAUAACAGCCCGGCUGCCGCCAGAGUGGAAUUUGAUCUUCACACUUCAGCUCGGUCCGCUGCAAUCGUGCAGAACAGGAAACGUCUGUGACUCCAUUUCUGAGACUCAUAUGGUCUCCACUGAGUUUUAUUCCAGGGAGUUGUGUGUCUGAAGCAGAAACAUGUGAUGAACAGUGUGUGGGAGGAUCCCUGAGAUAGACUCACACAGGACCAGAAUAUGCAGCUGUAGAAAGUCACAUGGAUAAGAGAUUUUAAAUCUGUAAAUUAAGGUUAUUACAAAAUCUUACGUUCACUUUAGUUUAGUUUAGCUAAUCUCACAAUGGCAUGCUGAUAUCUAACACUGUUGCUAGAUAUUGUGACGUCUUCCCUGUCUAGUCGUGCUUCGCCCUAUAGCGCCGGAUUAAAUCCUCCCGUGGUUUAUCAGUCUCGUGUCUGUAUCCUGUCUGCAGCAGGAAGGAGACGUAAUAGGCAAUGUGACAUCAGUGCAAACACGGGGCUUUUCUUACUGACUGACAGUGGUCGGUUCAAAGUACAAACUCUGCUGCUGUGGCAGGAGGGCAACUUCCACAUGCAAGUGUUCAAGUCACAUUUCACUGUUCAUCUAAGGGACUGGCUUGACUGGCCUCCAACGUGGCCUCCAACUUGGCCUGGAUACUUCUGGAUCUGUGAGGACUUGCAUCAGGACUCUCACUGUGUUUCUGGAGUUUGCAUCUGGCCUAAGUGGAAUGUUCGGCCAUCUGUAUCUCCAGAUGUGUGUGGCUGCUGGAACAAGACCAGUGCUCUGUGAUUGACACAGACACACACACGCACGCACACAAACAUUGAUCAAUGGAGUGCGUAUGCAGGCAGGCAGCUGGGCUCCGUGAAGAUCAGACCCAUAACGAGAGUCCAGUAGUGAUCUCCUCCUAUGCCGUACAGUUAGAACUUGGAUGCAUUGAUGGAGGUGGAGGCAAUUACGACAUCGUGAACAAUGCUGUGAUCUCAACACCUGGGCCACAAAACUACAGAGCCCAAAAUAUGUCAUUACGGCAAAGCUGGGAGAUGAACUACCAAGAGGCGGCGAUCUAUCUACAGGAAGGAGAGAACAAUGAUAAGUUCUUCACCCACCCUCGAAACCCAAAGGCACUGGCGGCGUACCUGUUCGCCCACAACCACCUGUUCUACAUGAUGGAGCUACUGACGGGCCUUCUGCUGAUGAUGCUGUCUCUGUGCGAAGCUCCCGCUGUGCCCUCAUUGCGCCUGGAUGUCUACGUCCAUGCCACGCUGGAGCUGCUGGCGUUGGUCAUGGUGGCGUUUGAGCUAUGCAUGAAACUGCGCUGGUUAGGCUUCCACACCUACAUACGACACAAGAGGACCAUGGUGAAGACGUGUGUGUUGCUGCUGCAGUUUGCUGAGGCCAUAGUGGUUCUGAUCAGACAGACGUCUCAUGUGCGAGUGACCAGGGCUCUCAGGCCCAUAUUCCUGGUGGACUGUAGAUACUGUGGUGCUGUGCGCAGAAACUUGCGUCAGAUCUUCCAGUCCCUCCCUCCUUUCAUGGACAUCCUCCUGUUGCUGCUUUUCUUCAUGGUUAUAUUUGCUAUCUUGGGUUUCUGCCUCUUCUCCCCAAACACAGCUGACCCGUACUUCAGCACUCUGGAGAACAGCCUCGUCAGUCUGUUUGUGUUGCUGACCACAGCAAAUUUCCCUGAUGUGAUGAUGCCGGCGUACUCCAAGAACCGCUGGUCCUGUGUCUUCUUCAUUGUUUACCUCUCCAUAGAGCUCUACUUCGUCAUGAACCUGCUCCUGGCGGUCGUGUUUGAUACGUUCAAUGAUGUCGAGAAGAUGAAGUUUAAAUCUCUUUUGCUUCACAAACGCUCGGCUAUUGACCACGCCUUUCAGCUGCUAGUUAGCCGGCAGAGGCCGAUGGGCGUGUCGCUGAAACAGUUUGACGGUCUGAUGCGUUUUUACAGACCGCGGAUGUCUGCAAGAGACCGCUUCCUCACAUAUAAAGCUCUGAACACCUCAGUGGCUCCAAUGCUCAGUCUACAGGACUUUUAUAAGUUCUAUGAGGUCACUGGCUUUAAAUGGAAGGAACGGCGAAGUGGAGAAUAUUGGUUCGAUGAUCUUCCGCACACCACCUUCCUAAUUUUUAAAGGGAUCAACCUGCUGGUGAAGUCUAAGGCCUUCCAAUAUGCCAUGUAUGCGGUGGUUGCCAUCAAUGGUGUGUGGAUCCUUGUGGAGACGUACACACUGAAUAGUGGAUUUUCCUGGUCCAGAUACCCAGUUCCCUGGAGUUACAUUGUUUUCCUGACCAUUUAUGGCGUAGAGGUGUUAUUGAAAAUAACAGGUUUGGGGCCAAUGGCUUAUAUCAGCUCUGGUUGGAAUCUGUUUGACUUCUCGGUGACACUGUUUGCCUUCCUGGGCCUGAUUGCUCUUGCGUUCGAUAUGGAGCCAUUUUACUUCAUCGUUGUGCUCAGACCAUUUCAACUGCUCCGGUUGUUUAAGAUAAAGCAGCGGUAUCGUAAUGUGUUGGACACCAUGUUUGAGCUCUUCCCCAGGAUGGCAAGUCUGGGGUUGACUUUAAUCAUCUUCUACUACUCCUUUGCAAUCGUGGGAAUGGAGUUCUUUGCAGAUGUCGUUUACCCCAACUGCUGCAACACCAGCACAGUGGCAGACUCCUACAGACAGAUAAACGUCACAUAUGGCAACAAAACAGUGUUGGAAGAAGGAUACUAUUAUCUCAAUAACUUCAACAAUAUUCUCAGCAGCUUUGUGACUCUGUUUGAACUGACCGUGGUCAACAACUGGUACAUCACCAUGGAAGGAGUAACCUCUAUGACGAGCCACUGGAGCCGUCUGUACUUCAUGACCUUUUACAUUGUUACCAUGGUGGUGAUGACCAUCAUUGUGGCAUUCAUUCUGGACGCGUUUGUGUUCCGAAUGAACUACAGCCGCAAGAACCGGGAACCAGUGGAGAACCCCGAGGAUGACAACGGGAUCGUGUUUGAAGUAGAGGUGAGUCGAGAUGAAGCUCUGGCCACACUAGAGCUCUACAAACAGACGUGCCCUGGACUGUCCUCCCUCAACUCUCUACAGGGAGUCCUACACACUAUGGACCAGAGUGGCCACUCAUCUCUGGUGUACCUAGGCCGCAGGUCUAGGACAAAGAGUGACCUCAGCAUGAAAAUGUAUGAGGAAGAGAUGCAGGAGUGGUUUGCGGCGUAUUCAAGGGAAAACCUGCCUCAACCAGACCAAAGCCUGGAGCGGGUUCUGGACAGUCCCGUCUCCAACCCGUCUCCCUUCUCAGAGCCUCAGCUCAACUCACAGACUGGACCUCACAGCAUCAACUAAGGCACAGUUUCUAAGCGGUACAAAUACACACCACCAUCUCACCAUUUUUUUUAAUGAAGAGAAACCCGAUCACUCCAGGUCUUCUCUAUCUUCCCCAAACACACUGGCAAUCCACGGUGGGAAACCUGUCCAGGGCCUUUGGGACUGAAGUGGGAGUGAGAUGAGUUAACGGUGGCUACUCCCUGGGGCCGUCACUACAGACAGGAAGACGGCAGUCUGUUGUUCCGUUGCUCGGAAUGGGAGCGUUGCCCCCUUUUUUCUGGGCCCUUUCAAAAGACUGAUGCAAAUGUUACGAGGGAGUCUGUACUACCACAGUAUGUUGUGUUCAUGUACUGCUGUAGGCCUUUUGUAACUUCUUGUAAAUCCUGUAGUGCUUUAACCUGAUGCCUUAGUUUAAUGGCUCAUCUGAUCAGUACUGACAGACACUACCAAGUUGUCUAAAGACCAAAAGUAUAAAGACCCACUCCUUUUAGCUCAAAACAGUUACGGUGUAUGUCCAAACUAUUGUCUCAACAUACUCGAGGUGUUUUAUAUAACUUCUUAUUCUGAAAUGUAUUUGAGUUCGUCGUUAAGGGAUUUUAAUAAACUGUUCAAAUUGUCA